AUCGGGCGAACAGACAAGGAUUCGCCGUCCCCUCUGCAUAGGAAUUCUUUUACCUUUCGCUGCAGGUUAGACCGUUAUAGAGUGAGCACACAAAAGACUCGGACUGCACAAGUUCCGUGCAGCGGGGAAAAGGAGUGAAAAGGCUGCUGACAUCACUCGGGGCGGGGCCGCCAGUCCUAAGAAAAGUCGGUGGAACUGGAGCGCGGCGGCAGCUGCCAAGCACAGCUUCAUCAUGAGCUGCCACAACAGCUCCGAACUCCAGGUCCUCUGCAGCUCCAGCCAGCUACUCCUGCAGCCCCUCUGGGACCGCCUGAAGACCUGGCAGACCCUCACCCAGUCACCCUUCUUCCCGGUCCUCUUCUCAGUCAUCACCUACGUGGGCUUCUGCCUCCCCUUCGUGGUGCUGGACCUCCUGAGCCCCUGGGUGCCAACUCUGCGUCGCUACAAGAUUCACCCGGACUUUUCGCCGUCAGCCCGGCAGUUGCUGCCCUGCCUAGGGCAGACACUCUACCAGCACGUGGUGUUCGUCUUCCCCGUGACGCUGCUGCACUGGACCCGAAGCCCGGUGCUCCUGCCACCUGAAGCCCCCCAGCUGCUGGAACUAGUGAGCCACAUCGUGUUCUGCUUGUUGCUCUUCGACGCUGAAUUCUUUGUGUGGCACGUGCUGCACCACAAAGUGCCCUGGCUGUACCGCACGUUUCACAAGGUACAUCACCAGAACUCGUCCUCGUUCGCGCUGGCCACGCAGUACAUGAGCGUCUGGGAGUUGUUUUCCCUGGGCUUCUUUGACUUGGUGAAUGUCACGCUGCUCAAGUGCCACCCGCUCACCGUCCUUAUCUUCCACGUGGUCAACAUCUGGCUGUCGGUGGAGGACCACUCAGGCUACGACUUCCCGUGGUCCACUCACAGACUGGUUCCUUUCGGGUGGUAUGGAGGCGUGGCGCAUCACGAUGUGCAUCACUCUCAGUUUAACUGCAACUUUGCCCCUUACUUCACACACUGGGACAAAUUACUGGGUACCUUUCGCCCUGCACCACUGCCAGCAUGGAGUUGUGACUGUGGUGGGUGUCCCUCAGACCCUGGACCCCUCUGCAUUUCACUCUUGAAUCAGAAGAAAUAUACCUGAGCUGCUUUUUAAAAAAUCAAUUAACUUAUUAACUGAUGAAAACUAUUAUAGAUAAAAUCUGAUUUAUUUUUGCAAUCUGACAGAGUAAUUUAUAUAAUAUUUGUACAUAAUACAAUUGUAUUCUUGGUGUCAAAUUCUAGCUCACUUCAGUAACCUUGAUUCCUGGACAUAAAUUAGACAGUUAUCACUGGCAUAUUUAAAGCCUCUCUAAAAGGAUCUGCUUAUGGAACAAGGACUUAUGUUUAAAAGUGUCUUAGAAUUGGGCUAACAUAACACUUUUCUGGAGUAUCUAACUUCUGACUCUAUUCAUAAAUAUGUUCCUGCUGGACAGUGACUAAGAUUAUAGUACUUUUUUGUAUUUUUCCAUAGAACCGUAUAUU